UUUUAUGUUUACCAUUAAUUUCACAAUUAUAAAAAUGAUUGGCCAUGAAACAAUCUCCAGUAAUGCUUUCGUAAUGCUUUAAAAGCUUUUCCUUUUCCAGUUCACAAUUCGUCAGAGACAGAGCUAAAAGGAAAUGGGUGGGGUCUGACAUUUUCAUGCAUUUUUAAUAGGCUAUGUUUUCUACAAAUUGUAACUGUUGCAAUGUGAACUGCGCCACUGAAGAAGUUUACCAAAAGAUGUUACUGUACCAGCUAGCGCUUUCUGUAAAACGUUCAGAUUUUGUCACCAGUGUAUACUCUGACUUUAUGCCCCCAUGUUUUUAAAGUAGAAGUGGGUAUACCCUAUGCCAUCAAAUAAAGAAGUGGGUACUCCGUAUACCCUGCACUACACCACUGGUUAUCACGAUUUGCAAACAUGGGCGGAAGCGGACGCACAUUUUGCACCUCGGGUUACAACCGAUGAAGUGUUUCAUAGCCUAUAGGGAGAUAACUGUAAACGACAAACGACCUUGGUCUCCUUCAAAAGUCCAGUAUGUCGUGCAUCGUUAUUAAAGGUAUAAAAAGGCACAUGGAAAACAUCAAAUGGCAUGGACUUCUAGGAAUAUUAUUUCUUAUGAAUGUUAUUGUCAUUCUGAUAUGGACCUACACAAACUGGCAUCCUUAUUACAUACAGAUUUCUUCAUUUUAUUAUAAACAGAAGAUCCCAGUGUCUUUAAAUUCAAUAACGCCCAUCAAAGACUCAAAACACUUCAUGGUGUCUGCAUUUAUCGACCACAGAAUUGAUGGGACCAUUCGAGUCAUCAGCAUAAUCAACAGAGAAAGUCUUCAGCCACUUUACUGCAUUUACUGCAAUGCUGAAAAUGAAUGUACAACUGUUGAGACUGAUGUCCAGAUACACAGUGACCAUUUUGGCUUCCCAUUUCAUGUCUCGGAUGUGAUCUGUAAAGCUAAACACUUGCAAAAUGCAACACAUGUCCUCAUCUCAACUAAUGAUUCAGUCAAUCAUACUACAAAAUUUAUACCAAUAAGAAAUCGUGUAAUGAGUGAGACCUUCAAGUAUAACUUCACAGUUUGCAUCUCCAACCUUUUUGGUGACUACAACAAUGUGCUGCAGUUUGCUCAAACUAUAGAGAUGUACAAGCUUCUGGGCGUUCAGCGAGUGGUCAUCUAUAACACUAGCUGUGGAUCGGACCUGGAAAAACUUUUAAAGCAUUAUGAAAGAGAGGGGAUACUGGAGAUUGUUUCUUGGCCAAUUGACAAGUUUCUUAAUCCAUCUUCAGGUUGGAAUUUUCAGGAACACAAGGGUGACCUUCAUUAUUAUGGUCAGCUGACAACACUUAAUGAGUGCAUUUACAGACACAUGUAUCAAUCUAAGUAUGUUUUUCUUAAUGACAUCGAUGAGAUCAUCAUGCCUUACAAAUAUGACAAUUUACCAUCUCUUAUGGAAAACCUUCAAGCUGCAUAUCCCACUGUAGGAUUGUUCCUUAUCGAGAACCACAUAUUCCCCAAAACACAGUUUGAUGACAGUGGUCGAUUCAAACGGCAAGAAUGGAGUAAAAUUCCUGGUAUCAAUAUCAUGGAGCACAUUUAUAGAGAACCUGACCGGAAGAAUGUUUACAAUCCCACUAAGAUGAUUGUCAAUCCAAGGUUGGAGGAGCAAACUUCAGUGCAUUCCUCUUUGAAACACUUUGGUGAUUCCUACCGUGUCCCGUUUGAUGUUUGUAGGAUUGUACAUGUGAGAGUCCCCCUGCAGGGCCAUCUUAACAAAGAUCAGCUGAAUGUGGACAAAAGAUUGUGGGACUUUGAACAAGAACUGCUACCAAAUGUUGACAAUGCACUGAAGCUUUCUGGUUUGUUAAAGUCUUAGAGCUGACAUCAUUGUAUUAUAAUAAAAUAUAAUACAAUGCUUUAUUCUGGAUAUAAAUGGACAAGCAAAUAAAUAUCUAUUUCUAUUUAUGGCUUUUAUCGGGAACUAAACAAUUUUAUCGGCCAGAGAUAUUGAGAAAACAUCGGCCUAUACUCCAUAUAUGUCCUUUAGAUCGGAAAACCAAACCUGUAAACAAAAAGGUUACAGAGCAUUCUGUGGAAUGACCUUCUGCCCCUGUUAGAUCAUCAAAAUCUUUGGCUGUUUUUAAGGCCCUUUAAAAACUGAUUUACUAAAUGCAUCAUGGGGAUAGUCUUUGGGGACUGGACCUGUUGUAAGGGGUAGGUUAGUUUCUUUUUUUUUACAUUGUCCUGUUUGUGAUGUCUUUACUUUUAAAUUAGCUACUGUUUUUUACUGCUUUUGUGAAGUACCUUAGGCAACAUCUGUUUUAAUACGUGUGCUAUAUAAAAAUAAUAAUAAUAAUACUGUGAAAUUUAUAUUGUUUAAAGAGAUCUACAUUUUCUGCGUUUUGGUUGCUGGUCCUCAGCAUAUGAUAUUAGGUUGCUGGUGUCCCAAAGGACUGGUUUAUAUAAAAAUGAAAUGAAAGAUGUGAUUGUGGACUGUUGAAGAUCAGAUAUGUUAAAUUUGUUUUAAAGGUAGAAUUAAUUCAAAUUUUAUUGUUUUGUAUUGCCAAAAUGGGAUUUGUAUUUAACUUGUAAACUUUGUUUAUCGUUACAAGUAAAUUAAAAAGUGAAGCAGAA